GGUAGGCCUGGCAAUCGGCGUGGGAUGGGCCACUGAAUCGCUUCCGGUUGGUGCAACUGAAGUGGAUCGCAAGGAUCACGCAAUCAAAAGACAUGUCACUGUCGAUACACCAACCACGUCAUCGAGGCCUCUGGUUACGAGCUCUGCCGAAGCACAAGUCAGACCUGAAGCAUCGGGAAGCGCACCCCUGGAUACGGGACCUCAUGGCAUCCACAGAGAUUUGCUGCCUUUUCCGAUAGACAGGCCAAACCAUGAAUCACUCGUGUUUAUACCGAGCCCCAUGUACAGACCUUUCGCAGUACCUUUCCACAUGCCUCUAUCUUACCAUCCAAUGCCACCCUUCUCUCUGACUGUGCCAUAUGUGAUACACAGGCACCCAAUUCUUGGUGCCGGCAACGCGGGAUACCCAUUUGAGAUACUACACGCCGCAGCACCCUUUAUACCGGCGCUCUCCUAUCUUCCUCCGCUGCCGCCGCCUCCUCCGGGUUAUCCGCCGUUGCCGCCCCUACCUGGCCGUCCUGGGAGACUUCCGCCGCCCCCUCAGGUUCCGAAGCCACCGCAGCCGCCCGGCCUUCCGAAGCCUCAAGUACCGCCCCCUCGGAGACCUCAGAUUCCUCCCAGGCGGCCUUCACCGCCCAGGCAACCGCCAAAGUUGCCGUUGCCAAAGCCUUCCCCUCCCGUCAGGCCAGCACCACCGAAGCGGCCCGCACCACCCCAGAGAAAGCAACCGCAGCCACUACCGGUUCCCAAACCACUGCCAGCGCCUAAGCCAGUGCCCAGGCCUCCGACUCAUCCCAAGCCACCGAAGCCUGAGAGAAAGCCGGAGCCCGAAACGGGACCAGUCCCCUUGCCAGAGGACGAGGAGGACACCGAGAUCGCCGACCCAAUAUCCGACCCACCUGUGCUCUCCGAAGAGAAUGCCCCUGGGCGCGAAGAAUUUUCUAGUUACUACGAACCCGAGGCGCCUUUAGGCCAGGUUGCUGCGGAAGAAGUCGCCGACGCUGCCAGUACUACAGCAGGCGAUAUUAUCAGCCCUAAUGGUGCAACCGAUUUGAAGUCGCAGCCGGGGUCCACUGUUUACGAUAGCCAUGUCGUGGAAGUUUGACGACCGCAGGCUGAACAUUGUGUCGUGCAGUUUAUCGAUUCCUUCACUCUGCGUCUGAGUUGCGUUAUUCAAAAAUGCAUUCAUUUGUCGUAUAUGCUAACAGCAUUGAUUUCGCUUUCCUAGUAACGAGGAUUCGCUUUUAUUUUUCAUUAUAAAACGCGUAUUUAUUUGUAUUCACGCGGUACCUCACUUCGUGUUGAGCCAUGAGCGCCAGAAUUGGUCGUUCUCGUUGCGCCUUCAGUGCGUGUUGCAAUGCCGAAAUAACUACAGUAACUCUAUUGAAAAGCAGUUAUCGUAUUGCAUCUACAUGCUUGAGCUCUUUUUUUCAGUAAGCGCAUGUUCGAAUGUUAUUGAGUGUGAGAGCUUGUAGUCUUUUUUUUUUUUGCUUGUAUGUGUGCACAGCAGCGCGCACACUGCUUCCUCAGCACAAAGCUUCUCCUGACGAAUAAACUUCUUGGCCGCUAG